GGACCACUGUGAGGAGGCUGUGUAAGCCACAGAGCCAUCACCUAUGGCUUUCAGGACAUAAUCCUUUUCCUCACGGUCGCUGAACCGUCGUUCACAUCUUCACCCACUCAAAUGGCCGAAGCCAUUGGCAUUGUUGCGUCGGCCAUCACCAUCGGCGCGAGUGCAGCUCAACUCUCGCUUGCCCUAUUCGAUGUAGCACACACAAUCAAGAACGCCCCCAAGCAGAUUGCGGAUAUUGCGGAGGAAUUCUCCUUGGUUUCCGAGAGUCUGCAGACACUCGCAGAUAUCAUUCGCGCCAAUCGGGACUUGUGCAAGCCAGCGCUUUUUAGAAAUACCCAUACCAUAAUUUCACGGUACAAACAAGUCGAUGCCGAGAUCAAGAAGUUGAUAGACACGCCCCGGAAACUGGCAGGACUCCAGUGGUACAUCAACAAACCCAAAGCAAAGGGGCUUUUGAAAAAGGUUGAAGGCAUCAAAACCGCCCUCAUUUUGGAACUGAACAUUAUACGCCUUGCGAGAGAAGAAUUCACUCGCCCUCAUACUGAAACUGAUCCCAGUAUUUCAGUUGGACUUCCAACAAAUUUCAAUCGGUUUCGAAAAGUGGUGGAGAGUGCCGUUCAGGCCAACCGCAAAGUGGUAGAGAACGCGCAACAGGACGACAAGGAUUCUGGUACCGGAAAACGAAAAUACACUAAUGCAGAAUUAGAUAUAUGGAAAGAGGGCUCUUUUGACACUGCAACAUGGCUGUAUCAUCUAGUCUUCAGUCCCGACAUACCCUACUCAUCUGAAGCAGAUGCGGAGACGUGUGAGGAUCACCAGGCAUCUGUUGCUGAUGAAUCUCUUUCCUCUGAAGAGGAUUCAACCUCUCAUAUACAAGACGAGGCUUCGGAUGAGAAGUCUUUGAUUGUUUGGAAUAAGCAAACUGAACCUAGCUUGGUUGUAGACAGGCUUCUAUCCUCCUGGACUACGCUAUCAUCCGAUCAGAUUACUCAUAGUGCGGCUAACCAAGAUGACGAUGAAUGGAGAGAAGAUCUUUUGAGGAACAUUGAAGAGGUGAAAAAGGAAGAUGAGUUAUCUUUCGAUCAGUGGGAACUACAGAACGAGCCUGUGAAAUCAGACGACGAAGACUUCAAGAGUAUUGAUGAUGACUCCUUGAGCGGCAUCACUAUGCCAACAUACAAUUUUCACAGUAACACCAGGAAUCACCGCAGCCGUAGUGUACCUAAACCGGAUGAUGACGAUGAUGAUGAUUCAUGGUCCUUCAAACCUGGGAAGUCGCCGGUACGUCGCGAUGUACGGUCAGAUCAGCCCAUUAUUCACAUUUACACAACUGCCCGCGCAAGACCAAAGCGGUCAUCUGAUGAGCACCGGGUUAGGUGGAAAGAAGACAUGUCACCUAUUGAGCGCUCGCGCUCACGCUCGCGUUCGCGCCCUCCUCCUCACCACCAAAGGCAGUUGAGAUACAAAAAAGCUUCAUAUACUGAUAACGAAAGCAUUACAUCCAGAGUCCAUAAUCUCAACAAAGACCGGACUACUUCUACCAAGGGUAAACCUACAAGUAGUUUCUCCAACACAACCACAUCCAGCUACAAUCCAUUUGAUCCGAAAUCCACUCCAUCGCACGACCACUUUGAACAAGUGCCAUCAUGGCAGGAACCGGUCUCAGCAUUUCAACAAGGGCCAUCAAAUCCCUUCAACCAUUCUGUUGACCCUCGGGCUUAUCGGUCCUCUGCCGCACCUCCCCAUUAUGUCUCUCCUCCGCCUCCUCCACAACCACCGCCAAGUCAAUACCAUCCGAAUACAUCAUUUAAAGAUACUCAUACUUCUCCUCCUCCUCCUCCUGCUCGUGCCUAUCCAGAGAAGCAGUCGAAUGAAGCUGAAACAGCGGCGAAAGAGAAGGCCAUCGUGAUCGCGAUAGAGAAAUUGCUGGAGAAACGAGGACAGGACAAUCAGUUGGAUCCAAACGAGCCACGUUUCCUGAAACUGAUGGAACUAUUGACUGCACAGCAAGAGCGUGAAGCACAGAAUGAACGCGAGCGAGCCAAUGCAGCCAUCGAAGCUCAAAUGAAACUGAUGCAAGCAAUGCACGACAAAGACAACGAACGAUUGAAGCAACUCGAAAGCAUUGUUGAAGACAAAAGGGGUAUAGAGGUGGCAUUGCAAACUAUUUGGAAGAAAGAAGCCGAGAAAAUGGUUCAAGAAGCGAGAGAUUCCGCCAUAAAAGAGAUGGUUGAGAGGCAAGCAUUAGUAGCCAAAACAAGAGAUGCAGAGAGACAAACACAAAAAGAGAAUGAAGUAAGGGCAGCUAAAGAAAGAGAAAGACUUGAACGCAAUCACCAAAAAGAGAUCAAGCGUUAUCAAGAUUUGCUGCGAGGGUUUCAAGAGCAGCAGUUGAAGGUAGAGCAGGACGCUCAACAACCGAUACGUCGAACUCGAAUUGCUGAAGGCAAUCGUAGUGUUGAUGUCAUGGAGUAUUCAACUGACAGGCGGAAUCCUUUUCUCUCAUCUUCAUCACAUCUGAGAAGCCUGCAGCAUGGAUUUGCUCAGUUUGGGACAAACCUCAAGCCUCCAAGCGCCCAGCCCCAGCGUCCACGGCACUCACGCCACAAUAGUUUUCGCAGCUCUACUUCGUCUAUACAGUCUUCACAUGCAUCAAUAGGAACCGGGAAUAUGUCUAAUGCGACCGAGUCCUCCCAGCAGCUGGUCAUCUUCCCAGCAGAGGCUGAUCGAGCAUCACGACAGAUAGCAAAGCUCCAGACAUCGCUUGCUGCGCAUGGCAUUGACUCUACCUUUGAGGACCCGGAAGAAGACCCUGGCAAUCAGUUAAUACCCUAUAACUACGAUGAAUCGGGCGACCAAUUGGUGCGAAGUACUAUCUUCUGGGAAGCGGCAAUGAUUAGCUUGGGGAGCGAGCUUUUAUUGACCAUGAAACAAGCUGGGUGGAGACCGGCAUACACGCGAACUUCUGAAAAAGGUCAGACACACUUUCUCGGAAGUCAACCCGUGCAUGCCUACUUUUUCAGUCCAGACUACAAGCCUCAAUUUUCCCCAUCUUCAAAAUCAUCUUCCAAGGAGACUAUUAUCAUACAAAAGUCUCUUGUGGAGGAAUACGCACUGAUUGAGUUGGGCUUCGAAUUUGAAGCCAAUAACUCGGGAGUCUACGUCUUGGACGGAAGGCUUACUUAUAAAGACAUUGAGAGCCUUGUAGAGAGAUCAUUUCUGAUGAGAGAGAACAACUAUCGACGACGACAUCGGCAGCUCCAAUGGCACUACGACAAAGGAACCAAGAAAGCAUCGUCACCCCGGACUGAUAGACCGUAUACGCCAUCAGUAUCCUCGACAGCAUCGAUUUACUCGGGAGACGGCGGUCAUACAUCUUGCCCUGACAGCGACACAGACACUGAAGGCAAGCAAAGCUCUAGAGCUACCACAUUCGCUCGCUAUGACCAUAGUGAUGACGAUGGCGAUCACGCGUCUACGCGGAGUAGAAGCAGCAGAGGUGGGAGCCCGGUCAAGUCGCCCUCGAUUGUUUCCUGGGAGUCAAAGUCAACCAAUCCCUUUCGUAAACACAUGAUUCAGGCCAAGGAAGUUAAUGAUACUGUUAAGCCCCAGUCUCCGAGUGUGAGUAUUUGGGAUGGUCCGGUGCCUGAGUCACUUGUGUAGCGUUCUGGUCAGCAGAGCUCACGAAGAUGCAAGCAAACAAACUCUAGAGAAUAGAUAGGCAGGGUAAUGUGAGAGAAGAUCUGGCAAUCGCGAACAAUCCUGGAUAUUUAAUCUUCUUUGUGGGCCCUGUAUCUACAUCGAGAUAGUUUCUAUUUGUCGCGCAUCUAAAUACCGCUUACCAAGCGCCUUUGAUUGCAUUUUCUCUAUUGCCACGUCACUCUGUAGUGAGAGUAGCCUGUGGGCACAUGUUAUAUCAUCCAAGCUAUUCUCUCUUAUAGUGAGCAGUGGUUCAAUACAAGUAUUACCUGAGU